UGUGUGAGGCCCUCUUGCCUCCUGUUCCAACUGCUCUGUUAACCACUCUGCGGGAGAUAACAUGGUCGCCUUGUCCUUCCGUCUCCCAUGGCUACCUCGAUAAAAAAGAAAAAAUCGUUUGCCUUCUCGAACCAGCAGAGCGCCAGAAUGUGCUUCAAAGAGCGGGAUCUCACAAACAUGGCCUCCGCAGAGAUAUCCUGGCCAGUGCCCAUGAGGGCCAUCGGGGCCCAGAACCUCCUUACCAUGCCAGGCGGGGUGUCCCAAUCCGGGUACCUACACAAGAAAGGGGGGAGCCAGUUCAGCCUCCUGAAAUGGCCCCUGCGAUUCAUCAUCCUCCACAAGGGCUGCAUAUACUACUUCAAGAGCAGUACCUCCCCCUCGCCACAGGGGGCGUUCUCUCUCAUGGGCUACAACAGGGUGAUGAGAGCACCAGAGGAGACCACCUCUAGCAAUGUCUUCCCUUUCAAGAUCGUCCACUUCAGCAAGAAACACCGCACCUGGUGCUUCUCUGCAGCCAGUGAGGAGGAGAGAAAGAGUUGGAUGCUAUACCUGAGGAAAGAAAUCGACUACUACCAUGACAGGAAGGAGUCACACGUUCAGAGUGAUUCCGACUCUGAUGCAGACAGUUUCUACGGGUCCAUUGAGCGCCCCCUGGAAAUCAAUUACUCUGCUGAUGCACCUGAGGAAGAUUAUGUUCUUGAGGAUGAUGAAGAUGAGGAAGAAGACUACUUAAAGCCAGAUGGGUCACAGAAUUCAGCAGAUCGGCCCGCCGUGCCCCCUCCUUCAUACAGUCCUCCCCCUGUCCCAGUGCAGUCCAGCAAGGCCUCUCCUAGAGCCGAAAACGCCUUUUCCUACUUAAAAGGCCCCCAGCCCCCCGCACCCACCAAGAACCUUCCGGAACCUGUCCUCAAGAAGCCGCCCCCUCCACUGCCCCCCACCAAAGGCCUGCCCCCUCCGUUACCUUUUGCCCCACACUUGCCGAAUCUCUCCAAGGAGAAACCCACCCCAGCACCCAAAGGCCCCAGGCCGCCCGUCCCUCUGCCGGCUAACCUGAAGAAGCCCCACCCCCCAGCCUCCACCAUGCCGUCCCGAGGGAGCGCCCCCGCCGUGACCGUCCCUCCGGGCCCUUCCACCCUGCCCCAGCACGACCCGCCAGCGCCCCCCCCCGUGGUUCCGCCCUCCAGACCCCCCAUACAUAAGCCAUUGCUGGUGCCCAAGCCCGUGCACCUCACCCCGGCUAAGCCCAAUCCCACGAGAUCCUCCCUCCAAAGACCAUCUCCCAUUGGCCAAAGUUUCCGUUCCUCAAUGGACGAGAUGCCAGCACACUUACAGAAGAAGGUGGCAGACAACGAAGACGACUCUGAUGACGACUAUGAAAAGGUGCAGUUGCCAGAGUCUGCGUUUGUUGACACAACCGACACCACUGAUGUUGAAAGGUUAUUUAAAGAAACGGACAAAUCUCCACAGGACGGUCUGUACUGCAUCAGGAACUCUGGGACAAAGACAUCAAAGGUCUUAGUGGUGUGGGACGUCAGCUUCAAGAAGGCCAGAAACUACAGGCUAUUUGAAGAGAAUGGCAGAAUUUACCUGGAUGCAGACAUGACUUUUCCCUCAUUGGCUGCCCUUGUGGAACACUACUACAGCAAUGCCCUGCCCAAUCACGGCUCCCUCUGUCUGCAGAAGCCCUACGGCUACACCGCACCCAGGUGACCCUCCCCUGACCUGGCUCUGGAUGACCCACUGCCAACGGUCAGCAUUCAAGUCCCCGGAACACAAUGCAGGCUGCGUGAGACCUGUCUCAUCUUUGAGCACAGGGCCAACGUUCAAUACAGAAACUGGCGGGACUCUAAAGGCGAGGCCUUCCCUCAUCAGGGAGGCCGUCUCAGCCGAGAAGCCACUCUGCACCGGGAAUAACAGUGAAGCCAGGGAUGUGAGGGAGAUGACAGGAGAGGAGAGACAGGGACAGAAGAGGAGGAGGGAGAGAGGGGGGUUCCUCCUGAGAGACUGGCUCCUUUGAGUUUUCUCUACAACACCCCAAGGCGCACCCCCCCCCCCCCCCCGAACUGAAAGCGCCUCAAAGCACAUCCUUGACUGUGCGCCAGAACUUUGAGCGGAACGCUUGUGAAGCGAGGCACAUCGGAGGAUCGGUCAGGACCAAGGACAGGCUCGGCAAAGAGCGGAGCUCCAUACGACAAGGCUCGGGCAGACGGUCGACCGCUGUGACAGUGACAUCACACGGACCACACUCCCCCGACUAGCUACUGCUCUGCUCACGGACACGGGAAACACUUGAAACAGAGACCUAGAAUUAAAUAUGCUAUGAGUGUCAGCAGAAUACAUAAAACCGACAUGUCAGAAACACUCUGCCUAUCCAGAGUGUUCUGUUCUGGCAGAAAUAGCUAGGCCAAUGAAGAAACCUGGCAAACUAUAAAUAUGCAUUCUAAAUAUCGACAAUCACAUAUUAGAAAAUAAUUUCUUACAUGUAACUGAUGUAAGAUCAAUGUACUGCACAUACAUGCAAUGUAAAUAUAAAAGUAAAUAUUAUUUUAGCAAAAUAAAUGCAUAUAAUUUUACAAUGUGUACAACAUGUUAUCAUACAUUAUUUUGUUGACAGCUAUAUACCCAGUCUGGUAUAGAAUGUUACACUGCUACACUGUGUAGUCUGAUAUAAUACAUAAGCUGUGAUAUAAUUCCGUUUCUCAUGCCAUGUUAAAAAAAAGGUCUGCUCAAGGAAGUUCUUCUAUGAAACAAGCAUAUUACAGACCAAUUCAUGUUCAAAUUUACAACUGGUUGUCACCAUAUGUACACAGGAAAUGUUUGGAAUCGUCUUCUGCUUUGAGGAAUCAGUCAUCCAAUCCUUACCUCUUUUGAUUAUAAGAACAGGCACAGUUUGAUUUUAUGUUAAAAUUGUACAUACAAAAUUGUACAAACUGUACAAACUGUACAAAAUUGUCCAAACUGCAGGACAUUUUUAACUGUGACAUAAAGAUCUGUACAUUUGUUAUCAUUUGUAAAUGGUAUGUACAUUCCUUUUUUAAAGAAAAUAAAAAAUUGGAAAAAUAUGUUUUGUACAUAAUAUUAAAAAUAUUAUUUGACUGA